AUGGGUGGUACUCUUGACCUGGAGAAGCAGCUAUGCUUCUAUAGCUCUUAUCACCAGAAUCCAGUCAAUGUGGGGAUACAUAUGCUAUGCAUCCCAAUGAUCCUUUUCUCAUUCAUCCUCCUUCUCACCAACUCCCCCACGAUCAUUCCCUUGCCAGAAUGGGCCACGAUCACGAACCUCGACCUUAAUUUGGGCACCAUAAUGGCUCUCUAUUACUCCAUCUUCUACAUCCUCCUCGAACCAGUGGCCGGUUCCAUGAUAACGCCUAUCCUUCUUGCCGGAACCGCAUACUCCAAGCACCUUACAACCGUGGCUGCGUACCCAGCAAACCAGAUUGCCUUUGGCGUUUUCAUCUUCUCCUGGAUCGCUCAGUUUGUCGGCCAUGGCGCAUUUGAAGGUCGCGCUCCGGCCCUCUUUGAGAACCUCCAUAUGGCACUUGUCACAGCCCCAUUUUUCGAAUGGAUCGAACUCCUUUUCAAGCUUGGAUACAGGCCCGAGCUGGAGGCAAGAAUGAGAAAGAGUGUCGCUGAAGAAACUGCGAAAGUCAAGGCGGCUAAGGCUGCUGGGAAGAACGGGAAGGCACAGUAG